GGGAUAUGGUAAUCUUCAACCUUUACUUGGGACUGACUUUUGCCCACGGAUCGUCGAAACCCUUCCAUUUUGUCCGUUGGUCUGCGAUUCAACGAGUGACUUCCUUUCAGAAACGGGUCCGUUCGAAACGGGUCCGUUUGGAACCUACCAAACCGCUGGGUGUAUUGGAUACCUUCCGCGACUGGACCGGACCUCCAUUCGACUUCCAGGGCUUCCCUCUCUUCGGUCACCUCACAGACCAGCGGCGUGUCCUCAGCGUCUUCGCCAGGCCGAGCCUCUGGAGCUGCACUCGCUUCUACCUCGGGGCCUCACCUGCUCCGCUUGGAGUCUUCUCACUCAGGGGAGCUCUCCGACAGCGACUCGGAGACGAACUCUUCACGUGGUUCAGCAUCCAACCGUUCCAGCGCCUCCUUCGCUGGAUCACAGGUCGAGCUCCCCGUGUUUUCAUCGCAUCAAGUGGGCGUUCACCUCGAGUGGAAACUGAAGAUGCACCCACGCCUCUCCAAGGACGUCCAGGUCUCUCGGCAGCGGGGCCUUUGCCCGGGCUGCCGACAGCGCUUACCCAGCUCGCUCUUUCAGGGGCCCAGGUAUUGUCACUACCUGGGUUACUACUUUUGCACCAGUUGUCACAACAGUGACAUUCGAGUCAUCCCCGCCCGUGUGGCGGAACGAUGGGAUUUCGAGCCUCGCAAGGUCUGUGCUGCCGUAGCCAAAUACUUGGAUCUGCAAGUGAAUCAACCCCUGGUGCCAAUUACCAGCAUCAGACAAACAAAGGUCUCGUCCCAGCAGAUCUUGACGGAGAUCCACCUGCACCGUCAGAAGCUCUCGCGGAUCAAAGGAAUUGUGGCAGAGUUCGGCUGUGAGUUUCAAGAGACAUUGUCUGGCUACCUCUCGCAGUUGGAUGCCCAUGUCGCCCGAAGUCAUGAACACUAUGCCAUGCAGGACCUGAUCCGAAUCGAGCUACAGGGCAAGAACUGCCCACUCUUUCUCAAGAUCACACGCGUGGUCACUGCGUGUGCCACGCACAUCCAGUCUUGCCCAACUUGUUCCAAGAGCGCGGAACGUUGCCCCAUUUGUGCUUCCAGUGCGCCACUGUACCCCUUCGAGGUGGAGACGUUCCAUGCCUGCUCCCAGUGCAAGGCGGUCUUCCACAAGGCCUGUUUCCGUCGGGCGGGGGCCAGUUGCCCCUUCUGUCUUCAAGAAGCUCCACAACGGAAGCCCUCGGUGGCAGCGGUGCAAGCACGCUGAUGUGGCGUCAGGUUUCUCCAGCUUGAACACGGUGGUGUGACUGACUUCGGGCCAGUUUGAAGAAAUGGGUGUGGGUCACGGGGG